GGACCCAAAUGAGUGAGCGGGGCCGUGUCACAGCGCUACUCUAUUUGUGGACGCGGACAUUUGCACUUCGUGUGAUUCCCAUGCGUCCUGCAAUAUCCUUUUGAUCGUGUCCCCUACUGUUUGAAAAGGUCCUUGAUUUUCCCGUUCCUGAUCCGAGGCGGAAAGCCCAUGCCCUUGUACACGUUUGCAUUGGCCUUCAUGUUCUGUGGCUACAAUGGCUACUUGCAAAGCAGAUACCUGAGCCAGUACGCCGUGUAUGCUGACGACUGGGUCACAGAUCCCCGAUUUCUAGUAGGAUUCUGCCUGUGGUUAAUAGGCAUGCUGGUAAACAUCCAUUCAGACCACAUCCUGAGGCAUCUCCGGAGACCAGGGGAGACUGGGUAUAAGAUACCGAGGGGAGGCUUGUUUGAGUACGUGACGGCAGCCAACUACUUCGGGGAGGUGGUGGAGUGGAGCGGCUACGGCCUGGCCAGCUGGUCCGUCCAGGGCGGGGCCUUUGCGCUCUUCACCGCCUGCGUCCUCGUCACCCGGGCCCAGCAGCAUCACCAGUGGUAUCUUGAGAAAUUUGAAGAUUAUCCAAAGUUCAGAAAAAUUAUAAUCCCAUUUUUGUUUUAAGUCCAUUGUCCAUGGAAUGAUCUUUGACUUGAAGCAUUUCAUGAUUAUAUAAAUGAAUUAUG